UCCGCUGGAGGACCACUUGCAGGAGUUUGGAAUUUCUUCAACAAAGGUUCUUCUGUAAAGGCACAUGCCAAACCUGUAGAUUUAGAAAAACACUUGGUUUUAGAUUGUCCUAAUCAAAAUAAGGAUAUUAUAGAUUUCUAUACUCAAAUUAUUGCUAAUCGACAAGGCCGUAGCCAGGCUGCAUCUUAA